GCAUUGUCAGAGGAAGAAAAGUCAGUUAAAGAGGUUAAGGAGAGUGCACCUUUGAAUAACAGUGGCCCAGCCUUGUCUAACUGGUUUGCUGAAGUUAUCGAGCUUCGACAGAAAGCUGCUGAGUACAAGAAACGAGCCCAGGGAACUCACUUCUCUCGUGAGCACCUGGUCCAGCUCAUUGCUCAACAGACCCAAGCCUGGGACAGUCUGAGCACCACUCGCAGUGGAACAAGCACACUCUCAGCUCUCUCACUUGAGUCUGGAUUGAGUGCCAGGGAAAGAGCAAAAGCAAUGGCCAGUAGAAAUGGGGAUGACAUAUCUAUGAUGGCUCAUGAGGGAUCAGAUGAAGAAGCAGGAAAGCCGGACUUUGUACCAGAGAAACAUCUAGACCUCACAGCCACCAAGGGAAGUAAGCAGAGGAAACAGAGGAAGAAGGCUUGGCAGAGAGAGGAAGCAAGGGAAGCAGACCAAGAUAAUGUGUCUUUAUUGUCAAAUGUGGGGUCAGAUAUUUCCAGAUCUGAUAUAUAUCCUCAAAAGACUGAAAUACGAAGAGGAAGGAAGAAGCAGAGGGGCAGGAGGAGGAGAGAAGAGGAAGAUGUCAGUGACCUAACCCCUGUACCAGAACUCUCCUCUGACAAAGGCAGAAUCCCCACCCCUAAACUCAGGUCAAAGAGUGCUGGUGCUAGACAUCACCUGGACAGGACCACACCAGUACUGGGAGGGGCCAUCCUGUCCUCACCCCCAAGGCCAGAGAAAUCAUCCCAGAUGAAGGUCAGCAGGUCAUGGUGCACACCACAAGAUGUUUAUGAUGAUGAAGUCAGUACAAUUAUCAGCAGUGAUAGAUUUCAACCUGUGGCUGGUCAAAGUCAAACAACGCCUUUUGUUGCUACACAAGUCCCUAUUUCGAUAUCGCCCACAUUUGGCCUUCCCUCCAAGGAUACCCACAUCUUACGAGACGAUGAAGUCAGCGUAGACAAACCUUUAGAGACAGUGUUUGUAGACAGCCCAGCCAAGAUCAGGCCAACCAUUGAAGCUGUAAGUGGUGGGGAAAAGCCAGCAAGAAAAGGCAAAAAGCCGACAAAAUUUGAACCACAGCAGGCAAUCAACGAGGGAUACGGACAGACCUACAACAAGCCCAUGUCAUGGGGCAUUGAAGGAGGAUUGCCCAUACCAAGGAUAGAUGAUGAUGUGCUAUCUCUGUCAGCCAGGUCUAUAGCGUCUAGCUGCUCUCUAGCGUCAGAGGUUUAUGAGAGAGCCCAGAAACGCACCAAGGAAUUCUGGGGGAAAGAUGGCAUUGCUUCACGAUAAAAUGAUUAUUAGUCUUAGUGCAUGUGUACCUAAAGCAGAACUGUGAUACUGAAAUACAUGUAUGUUGUAGGAUAUUUUUAUUUUAAUUUGCACUUAAUGUGUCAAUUUCCGUCCAUAGUUUAUGGCAGCAAAUUGAAUGAUUGGUAUUUAUGUCAGGUUCCAAAGGAAGUAAAGUAUAUCUUAUGAUGAAGGAUUAAUAAAAGAGUAUAGUUUUUACAGUAUGAAUGAAAGACGUAGAAUUAUGUCACAAUUUUACAGAAUUUUCAGUAAUUACAUUUUAACUUUUCAUGAGGCAUUAAAAAUGUUUUGGAACUGAGUAAUUUUGUAAACAAUUU